CUUCACGCGGCCAAAGGUCGUGGUCCUCGGGGCUUGCUAUCCCGGGAUGUGAGCGAUUUGGAGAAAGGCAGCCCCCUCCUAUAGCCAUGGAGUGUUUCCCAGCUUCGCCAAGCCGUUCCUGGGUUUAUGCCACUGUCAUCCUCUGCUUAUUUGGGUUUUUCUCCAUGAUGAGACCCUCACAACCUUUUAUUUCCUAGUUCAUUCAUGGUCCCACGAUUCAUGUUUUAACUUCACAGAUGACCAAUGAGAUUUUUCCGGUGUGGACAUACUCUUAUUUGGUGCUGCUGCUCCCCGUCUUUAUCCUCACUGAUUACGUCCGCUACAAGCCAGUUCUCAUCCUACAAGGGAUCAGCUUCAUCAUUACCUGGCUGCUGCUCCUGUUCGGCCAAGGAGUGAAAGCCAUGCAGGUCGUGGAAUUCUUCUAUGGGAUAGUAACUGCCACCGAGGUGGCCUACUAUGCCUACAUAUACAGCGUGGUCAGCCCCGAGCACUAUCAAAAAGUAAGCGGCUACUGCAGGGGCAUCACGCUGGUGGCCCGCACGAUGGCCUCAGUGCUGGCCCAGCUCUUGGUGUCGCUGGCCAAAAUAUCGGAAUUUUACCUCAAUGUCAUAUCCCUGGUCUCUGUCUCCAUGGCCUUCCUUUUCUCACUUUGUCUACCGAUGCCCAAGAAAAGCAUGUUUUUUCACGCAAAACCCAGCAAAGAAGUACAGAAGCCAUCGAGCACGGAUGCAGUGAUAGAGGAACCUCAUGAGGGCAGAACAUCAGGCUGUGACGAGGAGAAGCCCACUUCGGAGACACUCACCACUUUGGAGAAGCUGGAUGAUGGCCAGUGGAGUGGCCCGAAGCCAGAAAAUGUGGCUUUGAGAGUUUUCAUGCAGUGGUUCCAAGACCUGAAAGAGUGCUACUCCUCAAAGCGUCUUUUCUACUGGUCCCUGUGGUGGGCUCUUUCCACAGCAGGUUAUAACCAGAUUUUGAACUAUGUUCAAGUCCUGUGGGAAUACAAGGCACCGUCCCAAAAUUCUUUUGUCUAUAAUGGAGCAGUAGAAGCUAUCGCAACCUUUGGAGGGGCCGUGGCUGCCUUCGCAGUGGGUUAUGUGAAAGUCAACUGGGACCUUCUGGGAGAGAUGGCUCUGGCGAUCUUCUCAGUGGUCAAUGCUGGCUCCCUGUUUCUCAUGCACUACACGACCGACAUCUGGGCAUGCUAUGCUGGCUAUCUGAUAUUCAAGUCUGGCUAUAUGCUCCUUAUAACCAUAGCAGUGUUUCAGAUCGCAGUUAAUCUGAGCGUGGAACGAUAUGCCCUGGUGUUUGGCAUCAACACCUUCAUUGCCCUGGUGAUUCAGACCCUCAUAACCAUCAUCGUCGUAGAUCAGAGAGGGCUUAACCUGCCCAUCAGCAUUCAGUUUUUAGUUUAUGGGAGUUAUUUCGCCGUCAUUGCUGGAAUUUUCCUUAUGAGAAGCAUAUACAUUAUCUACUCAGCCAAAUGCCGAAAGGAAGUGUAGAACUCUGCUAUACAUCAGAAUCCAUAUGCACCACCCCAGAGGGACCAAGGAAUGUCAUCAAGGGAACAAACCUCUAAACUUCUUUUAUGUCAACCCUUAAAGCCUGUGCUGGCCACAAAGUCACUGAGUGCCACAAAUUGA